UCUUUUCAAGUUUUAAAUCAAAAGGCUCCUGAUGAGGAUCUCUCUGAUUCCCUAGCUUCAGAUGGUGCUGCUGUUUAAGAUGUGAGUCACUUACCUGUGUCACAUUUUAUCUAGUAAUAAAGUUGCAGUUUGAAAUCUAAAGAGUUUGUCAUGCCAAUCAUUAAGCAACCAUCAAAUGACAGUUAUUCAGGCAUUCCUACUAAUAAUAAUUAAUCAAUUAAGAAGUACAACUUGAGAGUGAAUUCAUCAAAUUUAUUAUCUUCAAAUCGAUUACUCCCAUUUAAUGUGGAAUGUGAGAAAUCUUACCAAAGAAAGUCCACCACUCAAUCAAAUUAAAUUAUUGAAUAAACAAAUAGUUGGUUGGAUUAAACUUCUAAAUAGCCUCCAGUGUUGAUUGUAGAUGAUAAUGAAUUCAACAUUAUUGUUUUGUAAUACAUAUUGGAAUAGUUGUAUUUAACUUGCGAUUCUGCUAUUUCAGGGUUGGUAGCAUUAAAAAAAUGCAAGGAACGAGCUUUGAGUCAAUAUAAACUGAUAUUUUUGGAUAUUGAGAUGCCUGAAAUGGAUGGAUUGGAGACAGCCAUGAAACUCUUGUAGUUUGAUUCCAGCCUUAUGAUAAUAGCUUGUACUGGGAAUCGAUAAACAUAAGAAUAAUUGGAGAGCUUCAAGUAAGUGGGAAUGUUCGGAGCUAUAGAGAAGCCGGUCACAAAAGCUAAUUUGAAAGAGUUACUCCUUAAUAUAAAUGUCUAAAGAAAUGAACCAUAAUUUACUCAUUACUUUUGA